AUGGCAGCACCAGCAGCAGCAGCACCAGCACCACCAGGUGCUGCUGCUGCUGGCUCCCCCGCUGCUGCUGCUGCGGCUGCUGCUGCUGCUGUACAGGGGCAUCGGACGCCUCCGCCCCCACCUCCUGUGCUGCUCUGUGGCAUAGCGGAGUCGCAGCAGCAGCUGCAGCAGCAAGGGGAAGCAGCAGCAGAGGCUGCAGCCUCGUGCGCCUUUCUGACUGCCCAGUGGUCCAGGGCAGCAGCAACAACAGCAACAGCUGCAACAGCAACAGCUGCAGCAGCAGCAGCAGCAGGAGAGUCAGCAAGUUCAACAAUGGAGGCGAUGGCUUCUCACUCAGGUGUCCGCAACCCUCUUGCAGCUGCAGCCCUCAAUUAUCGCCCUGGUAGCUGCCGCAGCAGCAGCGGCAGCAGCAGCAGCAGCAUUUGCAACAGACACAGUAGCAGCAGACACAGCAGCAGCAGACACAGCAGCAGCAGGAGCAGCAGCAGGUGCAGCAGCGACAGAAGCAGUAGCAAGGACAGCAGCACCGACAGGCGGAGCGGUUGGAAGCAAAGGCAUAAUCGCAUGCAUCUGUUCCGCUUGGGGGCUUUUGCUGCUGGAUGUGUUGUUGGUUUGCUGCUGCUGCUGCUGGAGCGACAGCAGCAGGAGCAGCAGCUGCAGCAGGAGCCUCAGCAUUACCUGCAGCAGCAAGAGCUGCUGCAGCAGCUGCAGCACCGAGACGACAGCCGUUUCGUUUGGAAGAACGUAGCGAGGGGCUUCUGGCUUGUUAUAUUUGCCGGGGUGAUGGUGCACAAGCAGCCAGACAACAGCAGCAGCAGCAGCAGCAGCAACAGCAGCAGCAGCAGCAGCAGGUCAUCGAGAGUAGAUAUGUGGUACCAGUGCAUUGCAUUGUCUGUGGCGGGUUGCUGCUUGGUGUUUUUCCCGCUGCUGCUGCUGCACUGUCGUUUGUCUUGUACAGCAGCAGCAGAAGUGCUGUUUAUUGUGCUGCUGCUGCUGCACCAUGUCACUGAAUAUCUCUUCGUCUUGACAUUUCACCCUCGGGAGCUUACCUACGAUUCUUUUCUUUUAAACAACACCCCGGUGUACGCUGCUGUGCUGCUGCUGGCAGUGCUGGAGCAGCAACUCAAGCCCUCCGUUGCUGCUGCUGUCCUCAACAGCAGCAACGCGCUGCUGCUGCAGCUCCUCCUGCAGCAGCAAGUUCACCUGCCGCAGCUGCUGCUGCAGCUGCACACCUUCGCCUGGCAUGUCCUGCUGCAGCGGCCCCUGCUUCCCAGCGAUCUGGAUGUGUUGCUGCUGCCACCACUGCAGCAGCAGCUGCAGCAGGAGCAGCUGCAGCAGCAGCAGACCGUUUCUUCUGCCCCGGCCUUAACCGCUGCAGCAGCAACGGAUCCUUCGUCUGAGGUGUACUGGCAGCUGGUUUUUAACAUUGAAGGAUAA